GUCUUUGACUAUGACUUUGGACUUCAAGAUGACUUCAUUGGUUCGGCAUUUUUGGAUCUCACUUCAUUGGAAUUAAACAAGAAAACAGAUGUUACCUUGAGUCUGAAGGAUCCUCACUACCCUGACCAUGAUUUGGGAAGUAUAUUCUUAUCAGUUCUGUUGACUCCAAGAGAAGAACAUCGAGACGUGACAACGCUAAUGAGGAAGAGUUGGAAAAGAUCAAGUAAGUUUCAGACCCAGAGCUUACAUAUCUCAGACCUGCACAGAAAGACUCAGCUAUGGAGAGGGAUAGUUAGUGUCAUCUUAAUUGAAGGUCGUGAACUUAAGGCGAUGGAUGCAAAUGGCUUAAGUGAUCCUUAUGUGAAGUUCCGUUUGGGGCAUCAGAAAUACAAGAGCAAGAUUGUACCAAAAAGUUUGAAUCCUCAGUGGAGGGAGCAGUUUGAUUUUCAUCUCUAUGAAGAACGAGGUGGAAUUAUUGAUAUUACUGUGUGGGACAAAGAUGCUGGCAGAAAGGAUGAUUUUAUUGGCAGGUGCCAGGUUGACCUGUCGACCCUGAGUAAAGAACAAACCCACAAGUUGGAGAUGCCGCUGGAGGAGGGAGAGGGAUGCCUGGUGUUGCUGGUCACUCUCACGGCCUCAGCUGCAGUCACUAUGUCUGACCUCUCUGUCAACUCCCUGGAGGAUGAGAAGGAGCGAGAGGAGAUACUGAAGAGAUAUAGUCCAAUGAUGAUGUUCCAUAACAUCAAUGAUGUGGGAUUUCUUCAGGUGAAGGUCAUCAGGGCAGAAGCAUUGAUGGCAGCUGAUGUCACAGGAAAAAGUGACCCAUUUUGUGUACUUGAAUUGAACAAUGACAGACUGCUGACACAUACUGUUUACAAGAACCUCAAUCCAGAAUGGAACAAAAUCUUCACAUUCAAUAUAAAGGAUAUCCACUCAGUUCUUGAAGUGACAGUUUACGACGAAGACCGCGAUCGAAGUGCUGACUUUCUAGGCAAAGUUGCUAUACCAUUGCUGUCUAUUCAAAAUGGUGAACAGAAAGCCUACGUCUUGAAAAACAAGCAGCUGACAGGGCCAACAAAGGGGGUCAUCUAUCUUGAAAUAGAUGUGAUUUUUAAUGCUGUGAAAGCGAGCAUACGAACCUUAAUGCCCAAAGAACAGAAGUACAUUGAGGAGGAAGACAGACUGUCUAAACAGCUACUGUUAAGGAACUUUAUCCGGAUGAAGAAUUGUGUCAUGGCACUCAUAACUGCCGCCUGUUAUGUUAGCAGUUGCUUUGACUGGGAUUCUCCCCCAAGAAGUCUUGCUGCUUUUCUGGUAUGA